UUGCGAUCCGACCGCGUAAGACUCUAGACACGCUUUAGAGACCUCACCGAUCAGCACUUUUUUGUAUCUUUUUUUCAAUUUUUUUUUUUUUUGCAAAUUGAAUCUAAUUGAAUUGCAAAAGUUGCAUUGAGACCAAUCAAUUAAUUGAUUCGUGUUGAAUAUAAUUUUUCUAAUCACAGCAAUUUGAAAAGAAAAAAAAACCGGUUUACGGUCUUUAAAUUAACAAGAGUAUCAUAAAAUAAAAAAUAUAUAAACAAAUUACAUAGAUGACACAGGUGUUCAAUAAAAAACAACAAAAAAAAAAAAAUAGAUGAAUAAAAAUUUGAAUUGUUAAAUAGAACCCUAAAACAAAAUCGUGCCAAUUUUUAUCAAUUAUGUGAUUAAUUAAAAGAAAUAAAAGAACAUACACUGUCUGACGCGUAUGAUGACAAUAAUUGACGGAAAAAACAAAUACAAACAAAACAAAAAUAUGGCCCAAAAUAUCUUUUGAUUAAAAUAUCUGUAUCUUUUUUUUUUUUUUGAAGAUGAGGACCAAUCAGUAGUUUUGUCGUUAAGAGCUAAUUUGGAUGAAAACAGGCCGAGGUCGCAAGGGAUUCAAGUCGAGUUGAGUCUAGCCGAAGCCGGCUUUUAAAAUAAAUUUAAACAAAACAAAAAAACAUAAUAAAUUAACAAAAAAAAAAAAAAAUUAUAAACAUGCGUUGUUUGUCAUCGUCAUCGUCGACAACGACGACGACAAUGAAGAUCGGCUUUAUGAUGGCAAAGCCGAUCUUUAAAAGCGGGUCAGUGUUUUCAUUGAGUAAUUUCUUCGCAAUUUUAUUGAUUGUAAUUAAUUUGUGGACGCGCACAGUGUCGUCAGAGAUAGAGACUGUUGUGGGGGUGGAAGCGGUUACCGCCGCUUCCACCGUUAACGUAUCUGCAGGUCAAAACAUCACAUCUUUUUUAGCUUUCGAUUCUUGGUUAAAUGAUACUGAAAGUGGAUUUGAUGAUAUCAUCAACAAGUGUUUGGAUAAAUGUGCAAAGGAGGACCAGUUUUAUGGGAACCUACAAGCAGUAGGAUGUCGAAGUUAUAAUGAAUUGUGCACUGAAGGUUGUAAUAAAUGGAAACAAUCAACAUUCUCCACCUGCAAACAAGUCUGCCGUGAUGACACAUUUCACAAUAAUUUAUCGCCAUGCGACUUGGCCUGUAUAUCCGGUUGUAAUCAAGCGAUUUAUGGCAUUGUUGAACAUCUCAGUAAAUUAGAUGAUUUUAAUAAUACACGUCCCGUACUGGUGAAUGAUGAUAAUGAUACAAUUAAUGGAACUUCUUUAAAAUUAUCUUGGCCAGUUGAUGAAAGAAAAUAUUCAACUAAAAGACUUGUAAUACAAUGGGCUUAUGAUAAUGAAUAUCCUUUAAGAUGGAAAUUUUCAUCAAAUUUUCAAUGGUUUGAAAAUUAUACAUGUGAAAUUGAAAAACUUCAACCAUAUACAAAAUACAGGUUUAGAAUUGCCAUGAUGGUAACCACAGAUCAUUCCGACUUCAUAUAUUCUACUGAAUCCGAAGUUUUCGAAACUUUGCCAAUGGGAGUUCCUUCAUCAAAACCGGAAAUUACCGACAUUUUGACACUAGAUUAUGACAAGAUCGCUAUAUUUUGGAAGCAGGGACGAUAUACUAAUGGCAAACUAGAAGGGUAUAACCUCACAGCCAGGAUUGCCAACAUGGAUUCAAAUUCUACUAUCGAAGUGAUCUCAACAGCAACUGAUAACUACACAAUUCUCCAUCAUCUCGAAUCAGAUCAAACUUACGACAUUGAAUUAUCAAUGCAAAAUGAAUUCGGUACGGGUCCUUCGACAUUAGCAAGUAUUUCAACUGGAAAACUACCAAAACAAAGUCCAAGCCCUUCGUUCAUUGUUGUUGGAGAAUUCAAAGUUACUUUGUUGAAUACUUCAAGUGAUAGUUCAACAGCUACAGAAAUCUAUGAUAGUGAUCAGAUGAUUGUUGGUUAUGACGUCAUAGUUGAUCAAAGGAUUUUCUUUGUUUCUGAUAUUAGUGGACAUGUUUUUAGAAUCGAUAUGAGGAACUCAGUUGCACGUGAUGCAAUCUUUUCUCCACAAUCUUUUGGAGACUUUAAGCCAUCAAAAAUUUCUGUCGAACAAAAAUCGGUCAAUUCGAAUUUGUACAUUCUUGGAGAGCCUCGAAAUGAGGGUUCCAAAAAGAUCUGGGUAAUCUUUCAAUCUUCAUCUAACGGUGACGAUCUGAGACCUAUCGUCGAAGACUUGUCCGAAAAACCUCUUGAACUUCAUGUUGAUCCAUUAAAUGGAUUUCUAUUCUGGAUAACACAAGAAUCUGGAAUCUAUCGAUAUGAACUUGCCGCAGGAAGUUGGUCAAUUAUUUUCAAAGCUGAAAACCUUACCGCCUUUUCUAUCGAACCAACGAAAUAUCUUCUAACUGCAUUUUUCAAAAACGACAAACAAUUUCAAAGAAUUUCUUACGACGGAAAAUUCGCCUUCGAAGCUGAUAUUGAUGUUUCAACGGAAAUCGUUCUUGAUCUUGUUGAUUAUGGAUCAAAGAUUUAUUGGACCGACGGAAAUCAAAUCUACAACAACGAUUCAAUAACGGUUCUUUUUGAAUCUUGUAGGUUUCUUAAACUUUUUCACCCAUCGGAUCAAGAAAGCUCUUCAGUUAAUGGUCCACCGAUAGAAUUUCAAGCCCUUCUAACAGCUGAUAAGGCUAAAUUGUCUUGGAAACCACCUAGAAAACCAUAUUUUCAAAGUCAAUCUCUACUAAUAGCUUAUCAAUAUGAUCUUGAAGUCAAAGAAGAUGAAGUUAGUGUAGCAAUUCGGAAUAUCAAAAGUGAGUUCUUCACUGUGGAGAAGCUUAAACCUAGUACAGAAUAUUGGUUUCGAGUUAGGGCUAAUCUUGUAAACCCUGGAAAUGUCAAUAAUGGACCUUGGAGUGAAUGGUUUAAGUCAAAAACAUGGAUGCCUUCAGAAGAACGUCAUCUUCUUUGGGCUACUGUAAAUGGUCUACUACGUUCCGAUGAAGUUGGUGAUGAUGUGAAACUUCUGAUGAAUGGAUCAAUAACUUCGGUAACUUGGGCAAACGGAACCUUAUUCGUUGUCAAAAACUCCCAUCUUUAUAAUUGGGACAUGACCAAUCUAACCGGGUUUGAAGUUGAUAAUUCAGCUGGAAAUGUUGCCUUUGAUUGGAAAGGUAACCAAUUAUACUUAACCGACACUUCGAAAGGUCUUGUAGUUCGCUCCCAUGUCGAUGGUACAAGCCGAGAACUUUUGCCAAUUUUAGAUGCAAAACAUAUUGAACUUGAUUCUGAAAAUGGUUACAUAUAUUUUUCCACUGGUUUACGGAUUAAAGCUUGUAGAUUAAAUGGUAAAGCUUGCAUGACUUACUACCGAACUUCUCUAUUCUCUGAGGAAGAACUUAUUGGACCAGCUUUAGAUUUAAAAAAUGGUCGGGUAUUAUGGACUAUCCAAUCCGAUCAUGAUGGAUAUUUGUUUAGUUCAGCUCUAGCUCAUAUUCCAAAGACUGCUGAAUCACCUUUAAUGAUACCUUUGGAUAGAUUUCCAGUAAAAAAUUGGUUGUCCUAUUUAUCCGCCGAGCGGUUAAUAUGGCCCACUUCUAGCAACUCAGUUAUAAUGACAAAUGCAAGUGGUGGAAAUGAAGCUCGUAUACAUUUUGAAGAAACCUUGAAUGGUGUUUAUGUUGUGGAACCAAAAUUAAGACUUCAAGCUUCUUAUGAUAUAAUUCCUGAUGAAGUAAAUAAUUCUACUGUGAAAAUUAUAGGGUUAUGGGAUGAUUUCAACAUAACCUGGCAACCGGUUUUCAUUGAUAGUGUCUAUUUCAAUGUCAGCUAUUCAAUUCAAAUCGGUGAUAAUGUAUUUCUAGACAGUUCUGAACCUUCUGUACAUUAUCCACGAACCGAUCUUCUGCCAUAUUCUCCACUCAGAGUUUGGAUAAGGAGUAAUUCUCCAUGGAAAAGUUCACCAGUAACUGUAGUUGAUGUCUUUUCACCAACUGCAGCUCCAUCGGAACCUCAAAGAUUAAGGGUCUUUAUAAAUCGUGUGGCAAAUCCAUCUCGGGGAGCUCAAAAUAUCUCCGCUAUUGUUCGUUGGGAAUCACCGGAAGAACCAAACGGUCCAAUAAUUCAAUAUACAACUGUUUGCAAAAGGGGGGAAGAAUAUAUAGACUCGGUCAAUUCUACCGGUCUUGAGGCAAUAUUUUGGGACCUUGAAAAUAAUUCAACCUAUUCCUUCCAAGUGCAAGCCUUCACUUCAGGUGCUGGAGGUCAGUUAACAAAAUCAGUCGAAAUAACAGUAAAUUCAGAAUAUCAAUCGAUUCCGAAGCUUCUAACAGCUGGUGAUGGACUUAUAGAGCUUUUGGACAUCGACUUGAAUUCCACAAAAAUCUUAGCCAAGUCAGAAGGAGCUAUUCAACAUCUUACAAUGAUUAACGAAGAAAAAAACUAUGUAGUUUGGAUUGAUGAUGCCGCCCAAAUGAUGUCAUAUUACAAAGGAAAUGUCAGUAUUCUAACACAUUUAGAUUCAACAGCUCAAAGCUUAACAAUCGAUUGGGUAUCACGACUGGUUUAUUGGUCACAAUCGGAUCAUGGAGGGGGUAGUACAAUACAUUCUUUAGAUUUAAAUCGUUUCGAAGGAGAAGCUUUACAAGGCAAACUUGUAAUCUCAAAUCCAAAACCUAUUAAGAAUCUUGUUAUGUUUCCUUUAAGCCAAACUUUGUUAUGGCUUGAGCUUGAUGGAAACUUAAGUGGAUGGAAUUUUAUGAAUUCUACAGAAAUUAAAUUAUUUUCUGGCUCAAAUAACACCUAUAAGACCUUAUAUCGUGGUUCAUUUGAAGAAAAUCAAGAAUCUGUGAUUUUAGUCGAUGAAUAUGAUGAUAUUUGCAUACUUGACAUUCAAGAAGAUACUUGUCAAGCUUUGAAGAUUGGUAUUGAUUCAAAUAAUUUGUAUAUUGCCCAGGAUAAUGGUUAUUUCUUUGUUUUGAAAAAUCAUUCAAUACGAGCUUAUAAUCGUUCCUCGCCAGAAUCACUAGAAUACAUGGUCCACACAGAUCGAAUUGAUAUGAUUACAGCUUUAAAUUUUCAGCCUUAUCCCGAAAGAAGAUGUUUAUUACCAGAUUUUGAUGAAGAACCUUUAGUUGAAACGAAUUUACUCGUUCCACAGCUGAUUAAUUCAACUACAUUCAGCUUUGAGUUGAAAUUUCCAAAGAUUUCGACACCUUCCGAGUGUGGAAUUGAAGUUCCAGGGCUUAAGUACACUCUAUUUCUGACCGAAGCUGAAAAUGAAAAUACUGACGCAAAAAUCUUGCACGUAUUUGAGCCUCAAAUGAACGUUACCGAACUUAAACCUUUUACCAGAUAUAACCUUCAGCUUCAUAUUAGCAAUUAUUACAGUGAAAAAUUUGAGCUUCCCGGAGUAGCGGGACCAAAUGUGACCAUUGGAACAGCACCUGGGACACCAUGGGCUCCAGAUAAUAUGACAGCUUCAGCAGUUAGUCCGAGAGAUGGUCUUGUGGAAUGGAUGGAACCAAAAAUUCUAAACAAUGAAAGGGUUUGGUAUGAAGUUCAUUGGCAGACGGAAAAUCCUACAAGUGGGGUAGUACAUCGACAUCAAAAGAUUAUUCCAGAAACCGAUGAUAAAUGGAAUUCGUUCCUACUUUCCGGCUUAAAACCAGAUCAUUCCUAUACCGUUUGGAUUGUAGUCUUUUCAACUUCCACUCUCUUUAAUGAAAGUUCAAUUUAUACCUUCGAUACAUUCCCUGAACCGGAAGGUUUAAUUUUCCUAAAUUCGACUUCGAGCACUUUGACUUUAAAUUGGAAUGCUUCAGUAAAUGUAACUUCAGCAUUUCUUCUUUAUUCUCCUCUUAAUAUUGACGAUUAUAUAAGUGUGAAUAUAACAGGUGAUUCUCAGAAACGGCUUAUAGAAUCACUUGAGCCGAAGACAAAGUAUACUUUCCAAAUGAAGCUUUUCUAUGCGAAUUCUGUGCAUUCUUAUGUUUGGCCACCAGAUAAUCGAUUUGUUUUUGAAACACUUGGUGAUCGUCCAGGAGCUCCAGGGCAACCUCUAAUCGAACAUAUUAAAGGAGAAGUUUUUAAAAUAUUUUGGGAACCAGCACGAAAUAAUGGAGCACCAAUAUUAGAGUAUUCCCUCGAAGCUCUACAAUCAAGUCAAGUUAAACGAGUUCGAAGAUCACAUUAUUUCCCACAAAAUGAUGAUCGUCAAGUGAAUAAUAAGACUUUAGCUAGAUUAGGGCAGUUACCGUGGGCUGAAGAAAUUCAACCGAUUCAAGACAAAUGGAUACCAUAUUGCAAUGGAACUGAUACAAAUUGCAUUAUAAAAGAACUUCAUACAAUGAGAUUGUUAAUGUUUCGUGGUAGAGCAAGGAAUUCUUUUGGAUGGGGACCAUAUAGUGCGGAUAGUGAAAUGAUUGCUGAGCCAUUUGUAUCGCCAAGAAAGCGAGAUACGUUAGUUUUUGCAAUUGUUGCACCAAUAACUAUUGUUUCGACUUGUGUCAGUAUGGCUUUUCUUAUUAAAUAUGUUCAUGGCCGACGAAAGCAUGCAAAGAAACUUGUCGACGACUUAAAACCCAGUAUUUGGGGUCUUGACAUCGCCACUGUUCAACAAGUAGCAAGGAGUCGAAAUUUCUCUCAAACCAGUAGCAUGUUGUACACUGGCAAGCCUUUGACAGAUGGUGAUAUAGCUUUGCUCCCGCAAAUAAGUCGCAACCAGAUAAAUAUGCAACGAUUUUUGGGUAGUGGAGCUUUUGGUGAGGUCUAUGAAGGAUUGGUGACAUAUUCCAGUGACGGAUCACAAGAUAGAGUUGCAAUAAAGACUCUUCGAAAGGGCGCAAAUGAUCAGGAGAAAACUGAACUUUUACAAGAAGCUCAUUUAAUGAGUCACUUCAAGCAUGAGAACAUUGUCAAACUUAUUGGAGUAUGUUUUGAUCUGGAAUCAAUGUGCAUUAUAAUGGAACUGAUGGAAGGUGGAGAUUUACAGACCUACCUUCGAGAAUCACGACCAUCCAUGGGCAAACCGGGAACACUUACACUUCUAGAAUUAGUUGGUAUGUGCCUAGAUGUAUGCACUGGUUGUCGCUAUCUCGAGGAUCUACAAUUCCUUCAUCGUGAUCUUGCUUGUCGCAACUGUCUGGUGUCAUCUGUUGAUCCACAAUAUCGUGUUGUGAAAAUUGGUGACUUUGGUCUAGCUCGAGACAUAUACAAAUGCGACUAUUAUCGUAAAGAAGGCGAAGGUUUGUUGCCAGUACGUUGGAUGGCUCCAGAGUGUCUUGUCGAUGGAGUAUUUACUUCACAAUCGGAUAUAUGGUCAUUUGGGAUAUUACUUUGGGAAAUUUUGAGUCUUGGUCAGCAGCCUUAUCCUGCUCAGAGUAAUUUGGAAGUAUUGAAUUUUGUUAAAGAGGGCGGACGAUUGGAAAAACCUCAAGACUGUCCGGAGAAAUUGUAUAAUCUUAUGAUAGAAUGUUGGAGUCAUGAUCCACAAGAUAGACCAACUUUCCAAAAAUGUCUAACUGAAUUGAUGUCAGUGAAAGUGGAAGCUUUAAAUAAGCUUCAUACAAAAGCUUAUGACGGUGGAAUUACAAACAUGUCUUAUACGGAAUCAGAAUCUGAUGGAGAAAGUAUUUCUAAAGCUUAUUUAUCCAACAUUUCCGAUAAGCAAUCCAGUUUAAAUGAAAGCUUUAAUGAAAAAUCAAACCAAAGAAAUCAAUCUGAUGAAAGUCCCAGGGAACUUACCUCAUUUAAGGUGUCCAUGCCAACUGAUGCAGAUGUUAAUAUAAAUCAGCCAAAGCUAAAGUCAGUUCAUUACGUUAAUGAAGGACUGUCCAGGUUUUAGAAAUAAGUUUUUAUUUUUUUAGAAAAGCAUGUGUGUAAUUUUUAGUAUUAUAUAUAAACAUAUACUCGUACUCGUAUACCAACCAUGAUAUUUCUUUUGUGAUGUUAUAAUGAA